AUGACUUCAGAAGCGAACAUCCACAAUUAUGUCGCUAUCAGAAAUACCGCACUUCAUCACAAAUGGCUCCGAGAUUGUCUGUGGUACAUUGGUGGCCAAUAUUCAUAUUUCUACACGGAGACUGAUCCUGGUGACGAGCGUGAUAUAAUCGAUGCAACAAGAGUUCAGGCUGACGAACCGACAAAGCGCUGCAUACUCGGGCCUGCUCUCAGCUUGGACCACGAUCAAUCUCUCCCUCAGAAUUUGAGUGAGGCAAUUGAUGCUCUGGCAAGAGUUUACCCUUUGAAUGAGAAUGACACUAAAACCCGUGAAAAACUUGAAACCAAAGCGUUUGGGAAAGGAUGGAGCGCUGAGGCGCUUGAACUGAGGGAGAAAAGAUUGGAAUUUCAGGUCAUUCUGAGAGAUGGACCAAAGGAUCUCGGCAACUUAUUGGCAGCAUGGGCCAAGGAGGAAAGGGAUGAUAUCUAUUACAAUCUCGAAGAGUCGACCCCUUUGCCAUCGGCGGCCCGGCGAUACUUCAGCUCCAGCAUCAAAAAUACGCGAGCUCAGGAACAAAACUGGAAAGAAGGAGUAUCAAAGAGCGGUCUCAAAGGUGUUCGCUACUAUGUUUGGUUCCUCAUCGGGUUACCUAAUGUAGUAGCCUUGGAUAUCAUCUCUUUCAACAUAGAUUCCGUGCUUGCAGCACUUCGUGGUGUGCCUCUGAGAGCGUUGACUUUCAUCAACAUCCUCAGCAUUCUCGACUACCAAUUUUCUGACGAGAGGUUGAUCCGAUCCUAUCUCAUGACAAAUGGAUUCGGCACUUUACCAGCAAUGGCCUUUGGCGCAAUGAAAGCUGCCUCACCAGAUCGAUACGGCAACGCCCUGAACACGGUCACGACCUUUCUCUGGAAGGCGACGUUGUGCAGCGUUUGGCAGAUAGCCAUGCACAAUCCGAAGAACAUACGCAAUUUUCUAUACUCUAUACUUGUGAAACGGCAGAAGAUACAAGGGCAGAGGAAGCAGGAUCUGCUCACACAUCAGCGGGCACUCAAGCAGAAAAAUGCCUACCUGUUUGCAUGGCUGGACACAUGGAAACCUAGCAGCCGUUGUCGACAACAGUUGAGCCUCUACAAGCGAGAUCAAGAAGAUGCUGUCAAUGUGCUGGGAUGGAUCGUCGGGGAAGAUGAUACUCCGAAUACAGACGUGGCAGACAAGCUCCCGAUAUUCCUUCUAGCGAUUAUUCUCGGUGCUGCAGUCGUGGGUUCUACAGUCCCGAUUGAUAAAUUCGCCGGGCUGCUGAUGGUGACCUUCGCCGUCCCAUUCUGUCUGAGAGUAGCCAACGACGUCCUCAAAGGUUCCCAGAGUUACCAGGAUCUUGAGGAUCUACUGGCCCGCACCACAGCACCGACCACGCCAUCCACGAUCGCAUAUCUUGUCAAUGUGUUUUACUGGUUAUCCACGGGUAAUCCGCUGUUUCCAAGUUUUAAAAGCCCUGCAUUCAUAUGCGGGUUUGUCAUUGUCUUUGUCACCACCUUGUACGUAAGGCUUUGGAUCAGGGCAUUCAGUCGAUUCUGUCAAGGCAUCAAACGAGCACUGCAGAAACUCAAACCAAAAAGCCGGGAUACUGGAAAUUCCGAGGUCUAG